UCCGAGCUCCAAACCUUAUUCGCAACGCGCCAGGGCGUUCCACUGAGUAGAAAAUGUACCAAGGUCUGACCCUGACAGCGAAUCACGGACAGCCCAGCUAUCCCCAUGAGGUUUCAGGCAGUUUCAUCCAUUCGCCGACCGCCUCACCUGUCUAUGUGCCGACCACCCGGGUCCCCACCAUGCUGCCCAGCAUACCGUACCUGCAAAACUGCGAGUCGGCCCAUCAGAGUCACCACCUGGGCAAUCCCACCGGCUGGCCGCAACCGGGGACCGACAGCUCUGCGUUCAACCCCAGCAGCCCACAUCCUUCCACCACCUUCCCGUACUCUCACAGCCCCCCCAUGAGUCACGGCGCCGGCAGGGAGGCGGCUUACAGCAAUCCCUUGGUCAUCAGCGCCAGUGGCCGGGAACAGUACGGCAACGCCCUGGUCAGGUCCGUCAAUGGAUCCUACUCCAGCCCGUAUCCCACCUACGUCGGCCCAGAGAUGACUUCGAGCUGGCCACCCGGCCCCUUCGAGAGCAGCAUGAUCCACAGCCUCCAAGCCCGGCAGGUCUCUAUGUCUGGGAGGAGGUCCAGUCUGGAGAUGUUGGAAGAUUUCCCCGAGGGCCGGGAGUGUGUGAAUUGCGGGUCCAUGUCUACUCCGCUCUGGAGACGGGAUGGGACGGGCCAUUAUCUAUGCAACGCGUGUGGAUUGUAUCACAAGAUGAACGGGAUGAACCGACCGCUCAUUAAACCACAAAGGAGAUUGUCAUCAUCGAGACGAGCUGGUUUGUGUUGCACUAACUGCCACACCUCUACAACAACCCUUUGGAGAAGGAACGCUGAAGGGGAGCCAGUGUGUAAUGCUUGUGGACUCUACAUGAAACUUCAUGGGGUACCACGCCCACUGGCCAUGAAAAAAGAAAGCAUCCAGACAAGGAAAAGAAAACCUAAGAACGUUACCAAAUCCAAGGGUUCUUCAGGGACAGCUUCAGGAACCAAUUCCCCAUCUUCUAUGUCGAACUCUGAAAAUGCAUCAACUAUCAAAACUGAAUCUGAUCUGGCCUCAUCUCCAUAUGCAGGUCAAACAGUUGUGUCUGUUUCUCAGGCUCCACCCACAGCUAUGUUAAGUCGAGAAGACUUGAACCGUGGUCCUUCACAGUUGAAAUAUGUACCUGAAGAUUAUUCUUAUACCUCAGCCACUGCGAUCCCACAGACUGGAGUUAAUGUUCCACUCAGACAAGACUCUUGGUGUGCUUUGGCACUGGCAUAAAGUAUGAUCUUACAAAUUUUCUACUUUAUCGUUUGGAAGACCCAGAUACCUGAAGGAGUUGAAAGAAGUAACUUGAAGCCACGUAUUUGUAUUGCAUAUUUCUAAUUGGUGAAAUGUCACAAAAACCUCACAUACCUGACCAUCCCUACAGACACACUUGAUUCCGGAUGUAGGUACAAGCUUUAUUGUGAAUCAGUAAUUUUCGACAUCCCUGGCAACAAGCGAUCAAGUGAAACGUAUGCUGUUCAUCUCAAAUGUGAAUGAAAUCAAAACCAUUCUUUCAAAGUGCCUUCUUGGGAACUAUUUGUG